AUGGCUUUCUCUGGUCUACUACUUCCCAUCUCAUCACUUCUCAUCCUCAUCUUCCUUGCUUACAAGCUCUACCAACGGCUAAGAUUCAAGCUCCCCCCAGGUCCACGUCCGUGGCCGGUCCUCGGAAACCUCUACCACAUAACCCCCGUGAGGUUCCGAUGCUACGCGGAGUGGGCCCAGAUUUAUGGGCCCAUCAUUUCAGUGUGGAUUGGAUACACACUGAACGUGGUAGUGUCGAGCACAGAAUUGGCAAAGGAGGUGCUCAAAGAGCAUGACCAGAAACUGGCUGACAGGCAUAGGAAUAGAUCAACCACCAUGUUUAGCAGGGACGGUCAAGACCUCAUUUGGGCUGAUUAUGGGCCCCAUUAUGUUAAGGUGAGGAAGGUGUGCACUCUUGAGCUUUUCUCUGCAAAGAGGAUUGAAGCUCUCAAACCAAUUAGGGAAGAUGAGGUCACUGCCAUGGUUGAGUCCAUUUUCAAUGACUGCACCAAUCAUGCAGAAAGCAGUGGAGAAAGUUUGCUAGUGAGGAAGUAUUUAGGAACAGUGGCAUUCAACAACAUAACAAGGCUAGCAUUUGGAAAACGUUAUGCUAACUCAGAGGAUGAAAUCGAUGAGCAAGGCCGAGAAUUCAAAGAAAUUAUUUCCAAUGGAGUGCAGAUGGGGGGAUCUCUUGCCAUUGCCGAGUACAUUCCAUGGUUGGUUUGGAUGUUCCCUCAACAGGAAAAGGCCCUUGUUCAACAUUUUGCUCGAAGAGAUCGGCUCACUAGGGAAAUCAUGGUAGAGCACACACAGGCUCGCACCAAGACCGGUGAUGCCAAGCAACAUUUCGUCGAUGCAUUGCUUACAUUGAAGGACGAGUAUGACCUUAGUGAGGACACUGUUAUCGGACUUCUCUGGGACAUGAUUACUGCGGGUACAGACACCACAGCUAUUACAGUUGAAUGGGCGAUGGCCGAGCUAAUCAAGAACCCUAGGGUGCAAGAAAAGGCCCAAGAGGAGCUGGACCGGGUUAUUGGGUUCGAACGGGUCAUGACCGAAGACGAUUUCCCAAACCUCCCUUACCUCCAUUGUGUAGCAAAGGAAGCUCUGCGGUUGCACCCUCCAACUCCACUAAUGCUCCCCCACCGAGCCAAUUCCCAUGUCAAGAUCGGUGGCUACGACAUCCCCAAGGGUGCAAGUGUUCAUGUAAACGUCUGGGCCGUAGCGCGUGACCCGACAGUUUGGAAAGACCCACAUGAGUUCCGACCAGAAAGGUUCCUAGAGGAGGAUGUUGACAUGAAGGGGCAUGAUUUCAGACUACUUCCGUUUGGAGCCGGCAGGCGAGUAUGCCCCGGAGCACAACUUAGUGUGAAUUUGGUAGAGUCCAUGUUGGGGCAUUUAUUGCACCAUUUCAGUUGGUCUCUUGUUGAAGGAGUUAAUUCAAAGGAAGUUGACAUGUCAGAAAAUCCAGGGAUUGUCACUUACAUGACAACCCCAUUGCAAGCCGUGCCUACACCAAGGCUUCCUUCGCACUUGUACAAACGCGUCGCCGCAAAAAUGUAA